AUGAACAGAAUUCGAAAAAAAAUAUUGAGAUAUGUUCAUAGAAAACCCAAAGGAUUUAGAACAGAAGAAACACUUGAAAGAGGUAUAGAUAGAACUCAAGAAUUGGAUGUAAACGAACAUAACAAUAGUCUGUUAAAAAAUCUAGAAAUUGAAACAAAUACUGUCGAGAGACGCUCAAAAUCUUUAAGCUCAUCAAAUUUGAUCAAAGAAGUUAACUUAGUUAGUAGAGAAACCGAAAUUGAAGAAAUAGAUAAUUUAACUUGUUCAUCUUCUAUUAUAGCAUCAAAUAACAAUAAUAGGCCCAUUGAAUAUAUAAAAGUGAUGAAAACAAAUAGUGAGGAAAGCUUUGUUAGUAUUAAAGAAAGUGAAGAUGAUUUAUCUGUUGAAAGAUUAAAUUCAUCAAAAACUUGUAUGGAAAAUGAAGAUACAGAAAAAAAGGAAUCUUUUAAAAUUAUUAGGAGGAAGGAUCUUCCUGUUCCAAAGACAUCGUCAAGAUUCUCUCUUCUAUCCAUGAUGAGGCAAGUUUUCGGAAAAGAUCUUUCGAGGAUAUCUAUGCCUAUAUGUUUAAACGAGCCUUUAUCUUUUGUACAAAGAAUUUCUGAGGAUUUAGAAUACCAUAAUCUGCUAGAAAAAGCAUGUAAUUCAAAAUAUAUUGAUGAAAGAGUUGCAUAUGUAACAGUAUUUGCAUCAUCUGCAAUUUCUUCAACAUUUUUGAGAUUAUCAAAGCCAUUCAACCCUCUGCUUGGAGAAACUUUUGAAUUAACUCAUAGAGGAUUCAAAUUUAUUGCAGAACAAGUUAUGCAUCACCCCCCAGUUGCAGCAUAUUAUGCGGAAUCUGAUGACGGUAGUUGGGUUUAUUGGGGAACAAUUUGGUCUAUUAUGUCAUUUGGGCCAAAUAGUCUAUCUAUUCUUCCUCAAGGAACUGUUCAUUUAAAGAUUAAGACUGUUGAUGGAGAGGAGGAAUACUCUUGGGAACGCCCAAAUUGUAUUAUUCACAACAUUAUUUUUGGUACUACAUGGUUAGAAUGGUUGGGAGAUAUUAAUGUAACAUCAAAUAAUCAUGGCUAUAAAGGGAAGACUUCAUUUUUCACAGAUUCGAAUAAUUCACAUUCAUGGGAUAGAUAUAAUAGUAACUUAGAAAAAGCAAAGCGUAGCAAAAGACGAAAUAUUGUAACCGGUUCAGUUUAUAAUGAAAAUAAUCAGAGAUUGUUUUGCAUCGAAGGGCAAUCAGACUAUGAAAUCCAAAUUUCCUCAUUGAAUUCUCAAAGUGGGUCAUAUCACCCAUAUUCUAAGUCAAACGUUGUUUGGAGGUGUAACCCACAUCCUCAUGAUGGAGAUAAUUCACGAAAUUUCUUCCUAACAUACAUGGCUCUUGAAUUGAAUGAAAUAUCAGAUGAUUAUAAUCCAGAAAAAGGCGCAAAUAUGCCAAUAACAGACAGUAGAUUUAGACCUGACCAAAGAUUAUACGAAUCUGGAGAUGUUGAUGGGGCUCAAAUUAUUAAAGGGCUGCUAGAAGAAAAACAAAGAAAGAGAGAAAAGAAUGGAACUUCCGCUGUACCAAGAUGGUUCACUAAAGGAAAGAAAUUAUCAUCAUCUGUUCUAAAUGCUAAGCAUAGUUCUGUAUCUAAAGAUGUCGUUGAGUAUGAAUGGGAGUUUACGCAUGAAUAUUGGAAUUAUAAGAAUUCCCAGAAAUUCUCAGAUUUAAACGAUAUUGUUGAUAUUUUUAACAUUGAAACAUAA